AGAGAAGAAACGUUACCCUCUUCAAAGAUACAACGAACACAAGAUAGAGAACACCGAAAUAACUGAAAGCGAAGCGUUAGCACAUCUUGCUACUUAUUUUAGCAAAGUAGUGAUACUAAUUAUAUUUAAAACGUCUCAUUAAGUAACGUUUGUGACAUUUAUUUUAAAGGCAUCUCUAUGAACUGUCACCGUUUUUAACCCACCGUAACACGCUACGCACUUUUAUACCGCGCUACAAGGACGAUAACAUAUAAAGUGGUAGACAAUGGCGCCGAUUAAGCAAAUCGUUAUAGUGGUAAUUAUUAAUAAAUAACUUAUAUAAAGUUUACGGUGGCUGAACUAAGUAUAACUACUAGUAUAAGGAAACAAUCUUGGAAUUAAACAGUUUACGUUAGCUCUGCCAGCUUGUUAACCGGUAAAGCGAAGACGGAAGUGAAUGCGGAUUUAUCUCUUGCUCUGACGUUGCUGUUGACGGUUUUUAAAUGUUGGCUCUCUGAGACGUUGAAUCCUCCUCGCGAUCUUAAAUCAGUGAUUAGCAACAGAGCAGCUUUAAAUUAUUAACUUAUUUCAUCGACAUACUUUUAUACAUUUUUACAGGCAUUUGUGAUUAAUUUGUAGAGUUUGUGGAGAUUAAUUAGGGAGUCAAACUACAGCAGUGAGCUAGUUUAACAGUUUAAAUAGCAUCAGGCGGUUGGUGUGACAGCUGGCUGCAAUGCAUGCUGGGAGCCGAGACUUCAAAGUGAAGAGAGUUUCCUCGAGGAAGAGGUCAAGGGUCAGCCUGAAGAGUCACCUGACACCUGUGAGGAAGAGAGGAGGAGGAGGAGGAGGAGGAGGAGGAUGUCCCAUCAACUGGAGGUUCAGCAUCAUGGCUGAUAUUCCAGCUGCUGAGUUCUGCAGCGACAGUGAGGAUUUGUUCGGAGACUAUGACAGCAUCCUGGAGGACAGCUCUUUCUUGGCAAAGCUGGACGAUGCAGAACAAACCGAACGGCAGCGCGACGUCCGGCCUUCAGCCGCUGAUCGGCCGGACUUCACCUCUCUGCGUCCUCCCGAAGACGCCGUCUGGAAACAGUCCUGCGAAGACUUCCUCACCGACUCCAUCUUGGACGCCCUCGGGGACGAACCCCUGGAGGAAUUACCGCCCAGCCAGCAACAGUUUCAGGAACAGGUGGAGAACGCGAAGAGGAGCCGACUGCAGGACGGAGAUAAAACCUCCACGCCUUUGAGAGACGCUGGUGGGACGUUUGUGGCGGGAAACGCGGAGGAUAAAAGCAAGAGGCCGGCGAGGGCGAGGAGGAGCGUGACGGAGCAGCUGAAGAGGACGAUGGUCAGUAACGCAGCGUCUCCCUCCAGCGUUUCACGGACUGUCGUGUUGAAGGAAGCAGUGGUUUCAGAGGAGAUCAGCGUCGCCAUGCAGGCCAUGGAAACCGUAUCCGCAGAGACCACCGACCUCGGGCCGUUCUUCGGACUCCCAACCAAAGUGAAAGACCUGAUGUACAAACUGAGAGGAAUCAAGACUUUAUAUGACUGGCAGGAGACGUGUCUGAACUUGGACUGCGUUCAGCAGAGGAAGAACCUGAUCUACUCUCUUCCCACCAGCGGAGGGAAAACUCUGGUUGCAGAGAUCCUCAUCCUCAGAGAGCUGCUGUGCAGGAAGAAGGACUGUUUGUUCAUCUUACCGUACAUAUCGCUGGUGCAGGAGAAGGUUCGUGGGUUGGCGAGCUUCGGCCUGGAGCUGGACUUCAUGGUGGAGGAGUACGCCGGCAGCAAGGGCAGGUUCCCUCCAGUGAAGAGAAGAAACACGGCGUCGCUGUACAUCGCCACGAUAGAGAAAGCCCACAGCCUGGUCAACUCUCUGAUAGAGAGCGGCAGGGUGGACAACCUCGGGCUGGUGGUGGUGGACGAGCUUCACAUGCUGGGUGACGGCAGCAGAGGGGCAGUUAUUGAAAUGACUCUGGCCAAAGUUCUUUACACAAGCAAAUCCACUCAGAUUAUUGGAAUGAGCGCCACGCUGGGAAACAUCAGAGACCUGCAGACGUUUCUGAGGGCGGAAAAUUACACCAACGACUUCAGACCUGUUCAGCUGAAGGAGUUUGUGAAACUGAAGGACACGAUCUACGAAGUGGACCCGAAGGAAGAGGACUGUUUCAGAUUCUCACGUCUUCUCAACUUUAAAUACUCGAGCGGGAUGCAGAAGUUGGACCCGGAUCACCUCAUCGCUCUGGUGACUGAAGUGAUCCCAGCUCAGUCCUGUCUGGUCUUCUGUCCCACCAAGAAGAACUGUGAGAACGUCGCAGGGAUGAUCUGUAAAUACCUCAAAGAGGACUUCCUGCGGCACCGGGAGGCGGAGAAGGCCGUCCUCCUCCGCGAGCUGCGGGACAGCGGGAACGGCUCGGUGUGCCCGGUGCUCCGGAGGACGGUGCCGUACGGUUUGGCCUACCACCACAGCGGGCUGACCUCCGAGGAGAGGAAGCUGGUGGAGGAGGCGUACUCCAGCGGGGUCCUCUGCCUCCUCACCUGCACCUCCACCCUGGCUGCUGGGAUCAACCUACCUGCCCGCAGGUGAGCCACAGAUACACUGCAGGUUGUAUGGAACAGGCUCACACAGCCGGAAGCUCAGAUCAGAACCACCAACAGCUGUUACAGUCAGUCACUGAGGCACUGAGUGGCUCCCAACCAGUGCUGCAGUACCGGGCAGGUUCACCAGAACAACGGUUCCUCCACUAGGGGUCAUCAAAGCUCCAUGAGGGGCGUCACAGUAGGUCUGUAUGUCAGCAUUUGGUUCUUCUGAGAAAACAGAAAAUGUAAAGUAGAUUUAAUAGAACAAACGUCAGAGACAAGAAAACACCGAAUCUGUCAGAAAAGAAGCUAACCCUAACUUAGUUUAAGUUAGAGAAACAUUCCUGAUUAAGAACUUUUUACUUUUGUUUUUACAGGACAAAUAAAAAUUACAAAAGCUGUUUAAUCAAAGAUGUUUUAUUAACUUACACAUUUUUUUAAGUUAAAUGAACUUAUCUGGUCACCAUCCCAACACUCCAUACAGUCCUUUAUUAAAAACAUUUGAAUGAUACAGACAGCAGCAGUAGCACGUAGCCGUCUCUCUGCCACAGUUGGGUGUUUGUAUUGAUACCAACAGUCCUCGUUACUCCUGCUGCCGCUCUGCAGGCGCCAAAACCAACGUGAGAAAACGCCUUUCAAGUUGUUCAGAGUUCAGAUGUGAAAAAGUUUUUUCUUUCCACCCGUUUGAGGCGGAGCCGUCAACAUGUUCAGUGCUGGUCGCCGUUCUUCUUCUUCCUGUGGCAUUAACGGCAGAUUAGAUCAGUUGUAUGCUGUACCGAAGUCUCAGCUGAUGACAUCCCCUAAAUGGCAACUGCUUUUUACCAUAUAAACAUAUUGACAGUUUUAAUAUAUGUUGCUUCAAGAGUUUUUGGGCUGUAAACUGAAUUAUAUGACUUUAUAAAAAUCAUCAGUGUCAAUAUAUCUCUGUAUAUAUGUGUAUAUGUGUGUG